AUGGCGAACAACAACAACAACAACAACAACAUCAACCCAGCAGCCUGGUUCCGGACAUUCGGAAGGUCGAAGAGUUCGCUGCAGACGCCGACCACGACAAGCCCGAGCCGUCCCGCGAGUAUCACCACCACGAUUGGUCACGAUGCCCCAGCAACACCAACACCCGACACCUCCCCCGGCCGCCUCCGUGCCCGUCCGGCUGCUGCUGUGAGACGGGUUUCCUCGCUGUUUAGUCUUGUUGGUGGGGGUGGUGGUGGGAGUAUUCUGUCGGGUGGGAGUCCAAAACAAGACAGCUUCCCUGAUCAUGGUCUUCCGGGGAGGGCGCCGCCUAUGGGGGCUUUACCGCUCAGUGGGUUUCAUGAUGGUGGUGGUGGUGGUGUGGGAUUGCAAGGACUGAUGGGGGGGUUGGGGGUGGGGGGGAAAAGGGGGGAGGAGGAGAGUAUUGUUUGGUCGAGGCCGACUAUGAUGCAGAUGGUGGAGACUUUGAGGGGGGUAAUGAUGGGGGUUAUGAGGAUGCCUGAUCGAGGGAGGGGGGUGAGGAAGAUGAAGGGGGAGGGGGGUAGGGAGGGGGAUUGGGAGAGGAUAGAGCUGGACAGGGAUAGGGAGAGACGGUGGGGUGAAAGGGGGGGUUGGGGGGGUUUGCCGGUUGAGUGA